AUGAGUCCAGUUAGUAAUAAUGAUAAUAAUAUUAAUGAUAAUAAUAUAAUUGAUGAAACAAAUAAUUUAGAUUUCAAUGUAUCAAUGAUGAACUCACAUGAUUUAUUAGUGGUAUUAGAUACAAGUACAGGACGUUGGUUAGUAUUCAAUUGUUUAAAACAAGAAAUAAUUGCUGCACAUUCCGAUGGACUUGGUGAACAGAUCGAAUGUGUUGCAUAUUCACCUGAAAUGUCGAAAGAUGGAAAUUACUUAGCUCUUGGUUCACGAGAUAAUGUUAUUUAUGUAUAUAAUGUGUUAGAACGUGGCUACAAAUAUAAUCGUGUUGGACGAUGCUGCAGUUAUAGUAAUUUUAUCCUGCAUAUUGAUUGGUCUGUAGAUGGGCGAUUUUUACGUUCUUUAUCAGGAGAUUAUGAAAUACUGUUCUGGACUGCAUUUGAUUGUAGACAAGUUGUCUCACCUUGUACACUACGUGAUUUAGAAUGGGCUAGUCAAACAUGUACACUUGGUUGUGAAGUAGCUGGAAUUUGGCCAUCUGAUUCAGAUGGUACUGGUGUUAAUGGUUGUGAUCAUAGUCCAACUGCUGAUAUUUUAGCUACUGGAGAUGAUUAUGGAAAAGUUAAACUAUGCAAAUAUCCAACUAAUAAACCAAAGGCUGAAUUUCGUGCUUAUAAUGGUCAUUCAAGUCAUGUGACAAAUGUAACAUAUUUCUAUGAUGGAUCUAGAUUAUUAUCAACUGGGGGCAAAGAUACAGCUGUAUUACAAUGGGACGUAUGCAUUUGA